AUGAAUGCUUCCACGCCGCUUUGCGCGCCCACCGCAGACGCAGCCUUCGGGCCAGCCGUCCAAGGAUGCCGCAACAGCUUCGACUUCACCCUCGUUUUCGAACAAUCCAUCUUCGUUAUUCUCCCCGCGUCACUCCUCCUGCUAGCCGCGCCCCUCCGCCUCAUCCACCUCGGCAAAGCGCCCCUCGUCGUGGGCGGCCCUCUCCUCCGCAACGCCAAGCUGUCGGUCGCUGGCGUCCUCGCCACCAUCCAACUAGCCCUCGUAGCCCUCUGGGCAACCCGACCGGGACCUGCAUCCCGCGUCACUGCCAUAUCCAUAGCUGCUUCGUGUAUAUCGUGUGCCUCAAGUGUCAUGUCGUGUGCCCUGUCGUAUGCCGAACACGGCAAGUCCCUGCGUCCGUCGUCGCUGCUGAAUGUGUUUCUGCUCGUAUCGCUGCUGCUUGACGCGGCGCUGCUUCGUACGCUUUGGCUCAGUGAGUUUGUAAACGGCGCUAUACAGGCUGUCUUUUCGGCGUCGUUUGCUGUAAAGGCCGCGCUGGUGGUGCUGGAGGCUGUGGAAAAGUCCCGGUUUCUUCUUGUCCUUGGCAUGCCGGCCGGAGACCGAGACCGAGACGCAGACGGAGAAAAAACGGCGCCGGAGGAGACGGCCGGAUUGUAUGGGCGCGCCGUUUAUGCGUGGGUCACGCCGUUGUUGAGGACCGGAUUCCGGCGGCUCUUGGCGGCGGGGGAUUUAUUUGUCUUGGAUGCGGAGAUGAGGACGGCGAGAUUGGGCGAGCGGUUUUGGGGCGUGUGGAAUACUGCAUCCUUUGCCAAAUCUCACAAACACCGCCUCAUCACAAGCUGCAUCAUCACACUUCGCUGGCCACUAACAGCCGUCAUCAUCCCACGCCUCGUCCAGCUCGCAUUCACAAUUUGUCAGCCCCUCGUUCUUAAUCGCUUCCUCGUAUUUCUCAGCGAUGCCCCUGAAUCUCCCAACGUGGGCUACGGGCUUGUCGCCGCCUAUGGCCUCGUGUACUUUGGCAUCGCCACAUCGCAGGCACUCUACUGGCAUUCCAACGCGCGCUUCGUCACCAUGCUCCGAGGGACUUUGGUAACGGCUGUAUUUUCCAAAGCCACCGAGAUAAGCAUCACUGCUACGGAUAAUGCCGCUGCUGUCACGCUCAUGUCCACGGAUGUCGAAGUCAUUGUACGGGCCAUGAGGCAAAUUAAUGAAUUCUGGGCAAACAUUAUACAAAUCGCCAUUGGAACAUGGCUUCUCAGCAACCAUAUCGGCUACGCGGCCGCUGGUCCCAUCAUCGUCUCAGCGGUUGCACUGGCCGCUACAAUACUCGUAUCGCCACAGGCUAAGAAAUACAGAGUAGGAUGGUUGAAAAUGACCCAAAAACGAGUCGGCAUCACGUCCGCUAUGAUCGGCCACAUCAAAAGCAUAAAAAUGUCCGGCUUAUCCCAAAAACUCUCAUCCACCAUCUCUACCCUGCGCGUGGAGGAAAUCAAAGCAUCAAGGCCAUUCCGCGUCUUCGGCGCAAUCACUUCUGCCAUUGCGCAGAUUCCGCUCCUGGUGUCUCCGCCCGUCGCAUUCGCCAUGUAUCAGGGUGUGGUGGCGAGUACGGGCGAACAAUUUGACGCGACGAGGCUGUUUUCUUCGCUGUCAUUCAUCAUUUUACUUGCACAGCCGUUGUUUUGGAUGUUUGAGGUUGUGCUUGAUUUGAGUGCGGCGUUUGGUGCGUUUGAGAGGAUAGAGACGUUUCUGGUGGAGGCUACAAGAGAGGACUAUAGAUCUGUUGCUGCGGCACCGAGCCCGUUGACGCCGUGUACGCGUGCUGGUUCGGAUAUUGAGCUUCAAAGCUUGAGUAAUAGUGCUGCUGAGCAGGGUCAGGUUGAAGGAGACUUGGGUUCAAUGCUUGAGGUACAAGACGGUAGUUUUGCUUGGACGGCUGAGAAGACUGCCGUGCAUCAUGUGCAACUUCGUCUCUCUCGGGGCCAGUUCGCCAUGAUUGUCGGACCUGUUGCCUCUGGAAAGACGACCUUACUCAAGGGUCUGUUGGGGGAAGUUCCUCAUGUAUCUGGCAAGAUCUGGCUUGGAUCAAACCGUCUUUCAUGGUGUGAUCAAAGCCCUUGGAUUCUGAACCAAUCUAUCCGCCAAAAUAUUAUAGGAUACUCUCAUUUCAACGAGCCUCUGUACAACCAAGUCAUCAAAGCGUGCGAUCUACAAAAGGACUUUACUCAACUUCCGAACGGUGACUCAACCGUCGUGGGGAGCAAAGGUCUCGCCCUCAGUGGCGGACAGAAACAACGAGUAGCACUCGCUCGAGCUGUAUACUCCAAGCCGGAAAUAGCACUUUUCGAUGACCUAUUUAGCGGCCUGGAUAACCAGACUGCGAAACGAAUAUUCAGGAACCUCUUCAGCGCAGAGGGGCUGCUUCGACAGUGGCGCUGUACAAUCAUUCUCGCGACACAAUCAGUUGGCUUCCUCCCAUCCGCAGAUCUCAUCGUGUCACUUACUCGCAACGGCGCCAUCUCCCAAAAGGGAAAGUUUUCUCAACUCCAACAUGCAGAAGGCUAUGUCAAAAGCUUACUGGUUUCUCGGCAAGAAUCUACAUCCGAUGAAGACACAAACGAUGACGAAGAGGAUCUUCCUCCUCGCACAGGCGCUAAACCUGCUACAGUAGCGGCAAAACAAGAUGACAAGCGCCGACAGCUAGGUGACUCGACUAUAUAUCGAUACUAUUUCAGCAAUAUUGGUGCUUCGUUCGUCAUUGGCCUGCUAGGCUUGGAAGUGGGAUGGGCAUUUCUGCAAAGUUUCCCGACUGUUUGGCUCAACUUUUGGACCAACGCCAAUAACAGCGGCGAGCACGGCAAGACAGGCUACUACCUGGGCAUUUACACCGCUUUACAAGUCCUUGGCGUAUUCUGGUUCGCCGCCCUCAUCUGGUUUGUCCUGGUAUCUGUUGCCGCAAGAUCAGGCAUCUCUCUGCACAACCGCCUCCUAUCAGCCGUCAUCCGGGCGCCAUUAUCCCUCUUCACAACCACGGAUCUCGGAUCAAUCACCACCAGAUUCUCCCAAGACAUAGGCAUGGUAGACAACAACCUGCCCCUUGCUCUCGUCGUCUCCCUAGCAAGCUUCCUCGGCGUCAUCGCCAAAGCCGGACUGCUCGCCUCAUCAUCCUACUACGUAGCCAUCAGCUUCCCCUUCCUCGGCGCUCUGUACUUCUACCUCCAGCGCGGAUAUCUCCGCACAUCCCGCCAGCUUCGACUCCUGGACCUGGAAGAAAAAGCGCCCGUGUAUUCGCAAUUCCUCGAAACGCUAAGCGGCUUGUCUACCCUCCGCGCAUUCGGGUGGUCUCAGGCUGCUAUACUCAAGAAUUACGAACUGGUAGACCGAUCACAGAAGCCGUUCUACCUGCUCAUCAUGGUGCAGCGGUGGCUCGUUCUCAUCCUGGACCUGACGACCGCGGGACUGGCUUUGCUGGUUGUUGGAUUUGCGGUCUAUAUGAGGGGUUCGGUGUCCGUGGGACUGACGGGCGUUUCGUUGGUCCAGCUUAUAUCGCUGAGUGAAACGCUGAACUUGUUGAUGCAGUUCUGGACUUCGAUGGAGACGUCUCUUGGUGCGGUGGCGCGGAUCAAGCAGUUUGCCGAGGAAACGGGGGAGGAGUACCUCCCCGGCGAGGAUAAGGAGCCUGCACCUAGUUGGCCGCAAAAUGGACACAUUGUAGUUGACAACUUGUCUGCGUCUUAUGGUGACGACGGCGAGGUGAGGGCUUUAGAUGGUGUUAGUUUGGAAAUUAGCCCUGGUGAAAAGGUCGCCAUAUGUGGGCGGACAGGAAGUGGAAAAUCAUCACUCCUACUCGCGUUUCUCAAACUCUUGACACCCGCAUCCGGCACCAUAAGGAUCGAUUCCCACUCUCUGUCGUCCAUACCGCGAGACACCCUGCGCAGACGCAUCAUCACCGUCACCCAGGACCAGUUCAUCCUCCCGGGAAGUAUUCGCGAGAACAUCGACCCCUUCCAGGAAUAUACACCCGCCGAUAUAAUCGAGGCCCUGCACCAAGUCAACCUCGGGGAGUUCAUCGACGCGCAGAAGAACGGGCUGGAUACAAAGUUUGAAGAGGACGCGCUGAGCCACGGGCAGAAACAGCUGUUUUUUGUGGCGAGAGCCGUGUUGAGGAGGCGUGUGGGGAGGGUGGUGCUUCUCGAUGAAGCUACGAGCAGUGUUGAUAGGGAGACGGAGGUGAUGGUGCGGAGUGUGAUUGAGAGUCAGUUUAAGAGUCAUACGGUUGUGUCGAUUGCGCAUCGGUUGGAGACGGUGGUUGACUAUGACAAGGUUGUUGUUUUGGAUGAGGGUAAGGUGGUGGAAGUUGGAAAGCCGAGGGAUCUUCUUCGCGAAGCGAGUCGGUUUAAGAGCCUUUGGAAUGCUAGUAACCAUGAGAGCACUUCUUAG